AUGGCGGUCAGCAACCAUCAAUCCUCCGAAGAUGUGGGCAUGGCCGACGCUCCAGAGAAGCCACCCGCCACGCCUGAAGAGCGGGAAAAGUUCAUGGAGCAGAAUUUCACCAGCGUGCUGCGCCAAGAAAAGCGCACACUCCGGAGCUUCUACGAUGCCCAGGAAAAGGGCGCUGCGAAGUGGCUCGUCAACAGAGGUGUUCAGGUUGUCUCGGCCUCGUGGUUCGAGUGGGAGGUUCACGGAAAGGUCUGGGCCAAACUUUUCGCCACAGGGCUGAAACAGACCCAGCAGACCGACGUCGGAGAGUUUCCUUGGAUACAUGAAGAGCUCAGCAUGGCUCCCGCGAGCCCUACCGACGCGUCCCAGUUAUUCGCCGAACUUAGACUUGCAGUCAUCCGAGAGAACAGCCUGCCGGCCCUCACCCGCAUCGAGAAGCGUCUUCCGUUGAUGAACGAGGAGCCGUAG